AUGCUUCUCGUCUUAAGUACUUUAUUUCUGUUGGCCUUGGUGGCUUUGGGACAGGCACAUAGCCUGCCACAGGCUGUACAACUUGGCGGCGCUAUUGUGGCGGCCGUCGAACAGGAUGCUGAACAAGAGGCAGCCAACGAGGACCGUCUGGAGCAGGAAUGGUUACAAAUUGCCCGGCAGCAGCUGCGUAAGUUCCUUGACAAUGAACUAAGUGCCGAGCAAUUGACCAACUUGUUUGGCACCUGGGCAACUGAAGCUCGUGGCAAACAUCACCACAAGAAGCACAAGAAGCUAUUGAAAAUGUUAUAUCCCCUGCUGGCUGCUGCUGCCUUGGCCAAAAUGGUUUUGUUGCCCUUGAUCUUGAAAUGGUUAACGGCGCUUUCAACCUCUUCAUUUGUCAUGGGCAAAAUAGCUUUGCUCACUUCCGGACUGCUGGCCUUGAAGUACAUCAUGUCGAGUGGCCAUGCACAUGAUCGGCUGGAGAUAAUACACUCGCCCUCGAUAAAAGGUUAUCAUGCUGCCCACGCGGCGGAUCUUUCAUCCAGCGGUAGCAGCUGGAUGCCCAUUGGGCAACAGCACUACAUACCCCUUGGAUUAACAAAGGAAACAUCACUGAGACUACCGAAACAUAACUAUGAUAGCCAGGAGUUUUACAAACCGUUUCUAUAG